AGAGCUCUCUCUCUCUCUCAACAAUGGCGGUCGGAAGAAUCUUGUGAAUUCGAUUCCGAUUUUUGAGUGAAACGAAACGAAGCGGGAGAAGAAAGAUGUCGGGUAUGGGUGACGGCUACGUUGGUACGGCUCAAGAUGCGGUGAGGAUACGGCGGCUUCAGAAGCAAAGAGAGGCCGAACGCAAAAAAAUCCAAGAGCUAAAGAGCAAGACUGCUUCAGGCAAAGACCAAUCUGGUCUUCUCCAAUUCGGAACCAGUUCUUGCGAGAUUCUUGACACUGCUUUCAAGAAAGAAACAGUCGGUUUAGUUACAAGAGAGGAAUAUGUGGAGAAGAGGGUUAAUAUUCGUAAUAAGUUCGAGGAAGAAGAGAAAGAGAAACUGCAGAAGCUACAACAAGAGGAAGAGGAGUUGCAGCUAGAGAAGCGUAACAAGAAGAGAAAGAUUAAGGGAUCUUCCCUCUUAUCUUUUGCUGAAGAUCUUGAGAAUGGCAGUGAUGAAGAUGAUGGAGAAAACAAGAGUUCUGGGACAAUGAACUUACGUUGCGGAAAACUUGGCAAGGACCCCUCAGUAGAAACUAAUUUCCUGCCUGACAGUGAGCGGGAGGCGGAAGAACAAGCUGAACGUGAAAGGCUGAAGAAGCAGUGGCUUCGUGAACAAGAACAGAUUAAAAACGAGCCUCUUCAGAUUACUUACAGUUACUGGGAUGGGACGGGCCAUAGACGAGUUAUCCAGGUCCGCAAGGGUGAUGCAAUUGGGAAUUUUCUGCGGGCUGUUCAGCAGCAGCUUGCCCCUGACUUCCGGGAGAUUCGGACGACAUCAGUUGAGAAUCUGCUAUAUGUCAAGGAAGAUCUUAUCAUCCCGCAUCAACACAGUUUCUAUGAGCUGAUCAUUAACAAAGCUAGGGGGAAGAGUGGCCCGCUGUUUCACUUUGAUGUGCAUGAAGAUGUGAGAACAAUAGCAGAUGCAACGAUAGAGAAAGAUGAGUCGCAUGCGGGUAAAGUUGUGGAGAGGCAUUGGUACGAGAAGAACAAGCAUAUAUUCCCUGCUUCCAGAUGGGAGAUUUACGACCCGACAAAGAAGUGGGAGCGGUACACAGUCCAUGGGGAUUGAUUUUUGGAGCAGAAGAUGCUUUUGUUACAUGCAUGGAAUCUAGUUGACAUGAUUGAUCAGAUUUGGUGCACUAAUAAGUAGUGGAAUGUUCAUGGAAUUUUUUAAUGCUUUAUUAUUCUCAUUAUCAGUCCCUCAAUGUACCAUUAUUAUACUUUCGUUUUUUUUUAAGAGAUCACUUGGAAUCAUUGAAAUAUAUAUCUUCUAAA